UCUAGAUCUGAGAGAAAAUAGGAUUGGCCUACGGAAUUGCAGAUUAUCCUGUUUCUAAACCUAGGAGUCUUUAUUUAAAAUAACUAUGGAAGGAAACAUUGCUUUCUUUCUAUUCCUUUUAAAAUCCGGGAUCCUUAGCAAAACAAAAGUAGAAGCUUUUUAAAUGUAUCCCUCAACUUGGAUUAUUGCUGGGUCUGAGGUUUUCACUUCUGCACCUGGCUUCUGGGCAGCCUGCCUUGCCCUGUCUUCCAAGGGCUGCCUUGCUACUUUGGUCUGGGCAACAGGGGGGCCAGAGAAGGCAGUGAGUUAGAGAGAGGUGCUUGGGAAUUCCAGGUCCUCCCCUCUCCUCUCCCAUCUCUGUGAGCUCUCUCAGGGAAUGGUCCUCAACUUCCAUGGAAUAUUCCCAUAGCCUUUGGGGACUGCCACCACGGAGACUGGGAAUUGUAGCGUUCUGUUGCUCUGGUGACCAGUUGUCCAGAGCUUCCGCAUUGGAUCUGACAGGGUUCUGGAAAGAGGCAGGUCUGGCUGGGCCAGGCUUGGAGGAAGGCUUUGGAGCAGGAGCCCAGAACAGCCUAGGCUUGGUUGUACUUGUGUUUCAGUGAUGACUACUCUUUCGGUGUUCAUGGAUGUGCCCCUAGCCCAGAAGCUAGAAGGCAGCUUGUUAAAGACCUAUAAGCAAGACAGUUGUCCUAACAAGAUUUUCCUGGCUUUUAGAGUCUGCCAGACCAGCAAAGGCCAUCCCUGGGUGUCUUCUGUGGUGCCCAAGAUGCGCCUGCAGAUUGCCCAGGAUCCAUCUCUGAACUACGAGUACCUACCGGUGAACGGCAUGAAGUCAUUCACUGAGGCGGCCUUGAAACUCCUUUUUGGAAAGCACAACCAAGUCAUUGUGGAGAACAGGGUAGGGGGUGUGCACACUGUUGGUGACAAUGGUGCCUUCCAACUUGGGGCCCAGUUCCUCAAAAUCUGGCGUAAAGAUUCUCAGAUAGUUUACAUUAUUUCUUCUAAAAAAGGUGAGUUAUUAUGCAAAAUGGGGGUGACAGAAGAUCCUUCGCUCCUGUUCCCGAGUCCCACCCCAUUUGCCAUCUUCACUGUUGCCCUUCUCACUCUCUGUCAUGAGCAAGAUGGCGGACAAGCCAAGUAUGCUUGUCCAUUUCCUGUUAUCGUCCCACCUUCUGCCAGUGACCCUCAGACCCAUUCCCUGACAUGUUUGCCUCCAUUUCCUCAGUACCAGCUGGAGGGGGGCUGUGUUCCCACAGAACCCUAUGGACUCGUCUUCCAGGACAUGGGCUUUACAGUUCGCGAAUACUCCUUCUGGGACUCCAAGCAGCUGUGCAUGGACGCCAACGUGCUCCUCAAUGUGGCGGAGCAGGCCCCGCAUGGCUGUAUCUUUGUGAUUGGGAACAUUUGUGACUGCAACUUGACACAAAGUCAGUGGGCAACGUUGAUGGCUAGCUUGAAGAGCAAGCAGAUAUUCCUAUUUUUUGACAUUUCCAAUCAAGGUUUAUCCACCGGGGACCUGGAAAAAGAUACUGGAUUCUUACAGUACUUUGUGUCUCAAGGCUUUGAGUUCUUCUGCAGCCAGUCUCUGUCCAAGACUUUUGGCAUCUAUGAUGAAGGAGUAGGGAUCCUGGUCGUGGUGGCACUCAACAACGAGCUCCUGCUCUGCGUCCUCUCCCAGCUGAUGAAACUCACCCAGGCCCUGUGGCUAAACCCUCCUACUACUGGUGCUCGAAUUAUCACCUCCAUCCUCUGUAACCCUGCUCUUCAGGAAGAAUGGAAGCAGAGUCUGAAAGGGCUUGUAGAGAACAUCAUGCUGAUCAAGGAAAAGGUGAAGGAGAAGCUCCGACUCCUGGGAACGCCUGGCUCCUGGGAUCACAUCACAGACCAGAAUGGGUCCCAUAGCUAUCUCGGACUCAAUGUCCAGCAGGUGGAAUACCUGGUCAAGAAAAAGCAUAUCUACCUCCCCAAGAACAGUCGGAUCAACUUCACCUGUAUCAAUGCCCACAACAUAGAUUAUAUCACUCAGAGCAUCAACGAGGCUGUCCUCUCCACCAAGGGCUUGGACUAAUGUCUUCAGAAAAUUGAUGAGCCUCGGUUGGAAUAAAAAACUUUAGUCUUCGCAAAAAUUCUUUGCUGAUUAUUCAUUGCUGCAGUUCAUUUCUCUCUUCCCACCUGUUUAUGAAGCAUUGGUCUGGCCUCAGCAAAGAGAGGUUAAAAAGGCCCAGAGAAGAAGGGAAUGUCUAUCUUCAAUGACCAUCUCAUAUUUAUUGAACACUAUAUUAAGGUCCUGAUCAGGUGCCUUAGUUUGUUUGGGCUACUAUACCAAAAUACCAACCAUUCAGUGUCUGGUGAAGGCCCUCCUCCUGGUUCAUA